CUUCCCUUCCCUUCUCCCCUCUUCUCCCCCUCCUUGGCUUUACUUCGCCUCCUCUCUGCCCCUCCUUUCCCCCCUCCAUUUAAGAGCGAAAGCUCUGCCCUUUUCCCCCUCAAGCCUCCAUUGCUCUGUUUUUUCCCCCAAUUCCCCUGUUCCCCCCUGAAAAUUGAUGCUGCAGAGGUUGAAAUUGAUGAUCGAGACUCAUGUCUCCCGUUCUCAGUGAAAUCCUCCGUUCCGGGUUUAUGAUCAAUUCCUCGCUCAGGCGCAGGACCCAUCUCGUUCAGUCUUUCUCAGUUGUCUUCCUUUACUGGUUCUAUGUUUUCUCAUAAACCAUCUCCCCGAUCCCCUGUUCCCACCCUAUAGUAGAGAGGGUACUACUAAUAAUUAAGCUAGCAGCAAUAUUCAUAAUAAUCAUUAUUACUACUAUAUCCAGAGACUAUUACCAUCUGGGUCAGUCCUAAUUAAGAAGAAAAAUCUCUCCCGGAGGAGAGAUUAGAAUUAGUAUUUGUUUCUUUCUUCUUCCAAAUUGUAGAUAAAUUUGCAGCCGAUUGUAUUUGGGGGGUUGUUGUCCCCUGUUAAUGGCGUCUUCCAGCGGGAAUUCCUCCUCCGGCGGCUCAUCGUCCCUGCUUCAGAACUCCGGCUCCGAUGAGGACUUGCAGCAGCUGGUGAUGGACGAGAGGAAGAGGAAGAGAAUGCUGUCGAAUCGAGAAUCGGCGCGGCGGUCUCGGAUGAGGAAGCAGAAGCAUCUCGACGAGCUGGUGGGGCAGGUGACCCAGCUGAGGAAGGACAAUAGCCAGAUCUUGACCGCAAUCAACGUCACCACCCAGCACUUUCUCAACGUCCAGGCGGAGAACUGCGUCCUCCGCGCCCAGACCGUCGAGCUCAGCAACCGCCUGGAUUCACUCACCGAGAUCCUCGAUUUCAUCGGAAACAACGCCGCCGCCGCCGGCUGCGGCCCCGGAGGGAAUGGGUUCUGGGAGGGGGAUCAGAUAGUGGAUCAUGUCGUGCAGCCUGAGGGUUUUCUGAUCAACCCUUUGAACUCGAUUUACCUUAACCAGCCGAUCAUGGCGUCGCCGGACUUGUUCCAGUACUGAUUAAAACAGGGGAGGAAAGAAACGAAUUGGGGAAGAAGACAAGAGAAAUGGAAAUUGAAUGGUAACGUAUAGAACGGGCGGUGGCGAUUGAAAGUUGGAAUGUCCUUUUGUUGUUUAAUCGGACGGUGGUGGUGGGUUGUUCUGGUACGCUGACGCAAAGUACAAUGAGUGGGCCCCAGGGAAGCGGGUUGAAUUGGAUAAAAGGUAGAAGUUUGAGGAUUGUUAUGUAAUUGCCAUAAGAGUUGUGGGACGAGAAUGUAAAAUGUAAGAGAAGGAUCACUCUGCCUGGCUAGUGGUGGUUAAUUAAUAUUAAAUAUAAUUUGUGGUGUGUUUAGUAAUAAUACCUUUCUAUUUUAAUUCUGCGUUUAGAGUAUGCAAUGGUUCGACCAGUACAAUUUUUUUAGAAUCGCUGUUCAAUAGUGAAGAUAUCUGAGAAUCAAUUAUCAACAUUGUA